AUGGAUGAAACCAAACAACCUCCAGCGGCUGCCGUCGAUGAAACCCUCGAGCGCAAGCGCGCGGCGAUGCUGGAGCGCCUUUCCAACCGCCACCUCUCUCGCCUCUCCGGCAAGCCGGAUUCCACCUCAGCGUCGACAUUCGAGUCCACGCAAUCGUUCCUCGCCCAAUUCUCGCAGUCUAAGCUCCACAUCGAAUCACGAAUCUCCGAGAUCCGUCGAGAUCCAGAUCCGACCCGCAAACCCGAUCUGGAAGCAGUCUCACUCGAUAUCUCCGCCCUCGAGAAGCUCGUCGCCGAGAAUUCCUACUUUCUGCCCCCCUACGAAGUUCGCAACUGCCUCAAUGCCGUCGGGCAGCUCAAGCAAUCUGUCGAUGAGGUCACCGCCCUCGUCAUCCCGAAGAAAAAAUUCUCGUUCAAGAACAAAACAUCCAGAAAAGCCACCGCACUGCCCGAUCGAAAAGAUGUAGCAGUCGUCUCAGAACCCGAGGUAAAACUGAAUUCGGGAUUGGAGAAGUUAGGGUUUAGGGAUUUGAUUGUCGGGCCUGGGUUUAGAAACAGAGAAAACGAGGUGUUAGCCAAAGAAUUCGACAGCAACGAGCCAGAGGGACAAAAUGUAGAAUUUACGCUGUCGAAUUUGAGGGACUGUGAAGUCAGAUUGAAGGGGCAUCUAAGAGCAUUCUUCAUGGAUAAAUUGAAGAACUGUAAGGUGUACGUAGGUGCAGUGAUGGGAUCGGUUCUGAUCGAGGGAGCUGAAGGGUGUGUGUUUGUGUUGGCUUCGCAUCAAAUCAGGAUCCAUAAUGCGAAAAGUUGUGAUUUUUAUCUUCGGGUAAGGAGUAGGCCGAUUAUCGAGGAUAGUUGUGGAGUUAGGGUUGCUCCUUAUUGUUUGAGUUACGAGGGAUUAGAGAAGGAUCUGAUGGAGGCACAUCUUAGUGAGGAGACUGGGAAUUGGAUGAAUGUGGAUGAUUUUCGAUGGUUAAGGGCAGUGCAAUCUCCUAAUUGGUCGGUUUUGCCAGAAAAUGAGCGUAUCGGCGUGGUGGAUAUUUCGGAUGUGGGAAAUGUUGGUUGA